AUGUCGUCAACCAUAACCAUUACCCAAGAGACCUUAAAUCUCCGUGGAUAUGGAGGCACAAUCGAAAAUGUCAAGCAUUUAACCCCGUUUUCUGUUGAUACUCCUGUGGAGAAGCUUCGGGCCCGGUUUAAUGAAGAUGGAGUUCUUUGGGUCAAAGGCCUCCUCAACCGUGAUACAGUUAAAAAGUUCCGUGGCGACUAUUUAUCCUUUGUCGAUCAAGGUUCUGAAAUGUUAAAACCCAACACUGACCCCGUCGAAGGAAUCUUUUCGGGAAACGAUUGGCGGAACUAUGUCUUACCAGGCGCCGUUCGUCUCGCUAUGGGCCUCGAAGACGAAGGCCCUUUUGUUGAGAACUCUGUCAAGAGCCAUGUUGCUCCUUGGUAUAUCGAUUUUAAAGACCAAGUGGCAAAAGAGAUGGAGUCAUUCGUUGGGAAGCUUUUUAACUUUGAAGACCCUUGGUGCCUGCCACGCUCUCUGCUACGAUCUUCUGUACCAGGAUCUGAGGGGACACCAGUUCACUAUGAUCAAAUCUAUCUCAGGGCUGGGCCACCGACAAGUGUCACUGCCUGGGUGCCUGUCGGGGACAUUGAGGUGAAAGGCGGAGGCCUGAUCUAUCUUCACAAGUCUCAUGAUAUCGGUCGGAAAUAUGAAGAAGAUUUCUCAAAAUUGAGCGAAUCUUUCAGUGACGAAGAGAAAAUUUCCGCAGUCAAUCGAAACAUGAAUAAAGGUGGUUGGUUAGAUAGAGAUUCGACACAGUUUGGCAAGAACUGGGGUCGAGACUGGCUUGUGGGGGGAUAUGAAGCUGGUGAUGUCGUGUUCCACCAUCCGUAUACGAUCCACGCGAGCGCCAUUAAUGAAUCUGCAAAAGAUCACAUACGCGUAUCGACAGAUCUCCGAUUCGUGGACAAAUCAAAGCCCUUUGAUCAGCGAUGGACCAUUACCGCCUUCAGUGAUGAGGAUCCCAAUCUGGCACGGAAGUUGCCAAAAAAGAUGGGAAAAGAUGCAUGA